UGUGGAUCCUCAAUGAGCACUGUUUAGCGUGACAAGUGUGCCUCUUGGGCAUCAAUAUGAAGACAGGAGAAGGCACUAUUUGACAGAUCAAUAACAAAGUUGGAGUUUCUCACUGGCAUUAUUGCAAAUGUAGCUAGAUACCCAGACAUCGAUUUAAGUGGAAAUCGCAAGUUUUAAGCCACAGUGAGUUAGCUAACGCUAGCCAUAACGAGACAGCAAAAAUGAACUUGUCUUUUGACGAUCAUUCACUGGAUAAUCUGGAUCCAACCCUAUCCCUAAAUGACCCCAGCGAUAUUGACACGGCUCUGCUCAAUGACAUUGAUGACAUGCUGCAGCUCAUCAACAACCAGGACAUGGUGGAGUUCAACCAGGACAUGGCUGGUAUCUUUGACCCCCCUCAGUUCACAGGGGUCACCCCUACCCAGGACCUCCCUGUCCCCGGCCUGCCCCACUCCAUCCCCUCCCCUCCAUCCUCCACAUCCUCCUCCAUCCUGAGCAGCAGCCCCCACCUUGAUGCUCUCCUGGGGCCUCCCAUCAUCCGUAGUUCCUCCCCCCCAGACAAGGCCUUCCACCCCCCCACCUUCCAGCAGUCGCCCCUGGCCCAGGUCACCACCUCCACCCCUGUACCACUACCCAGGCCGCAGCAGCAGCCAGCACCCCAGCAAAGCUCUCCAUCAGCCCAGGCUGCUCAGGGUCUCAGGCAGCCCAAGGUGGACCAGCCCCAGCCCCUGCCGGUCCUCUCCCCCCCAGCCCCUGUUCCAAUCCAGCUUCCUCCCCCAGCCUCUACCUCCCACACUGUACCCGGCCAGAGCCCCGUGUUCAGUGCCGCCCCCCAGGCCCUGUUCACCUCUCCUGCACCCCAGCAGCAGCAGCCCCAGGCUCAGCUGCUGCCCCAGCCCCAGGUCCAUGCCCAGCAGAUCCGGAUUAAUUACAGCACCCAGAAUGGCUACAAAGCUGUCAAUCAUCAAGGAGGCCCUGCCCAGCCCAUGGUAAGCCUGUCAUCGACCCCUUCCGGCGUUCAGCCAAUGACCAUCCAGGCUCUGACCACCACGGCCCCCCUCCUGACCACCUCAGCAAGCCCCCCAGCUCAGACCAUCGCAUCACACCACGUUCAACAAGUCCAACAAGUGUUGCUCCAGCCCCAGUUUAUCAAGGCUGAGUCUCUGCUGCUGACCACCCUGAACCGUGACCCCUGCAUGGUCACUACUGUGGCCUCUCCCUGUAUCACCUCCCUGGCCACCACCACAUCCCAGAGCACCCACUCACUACAGGCUCUGAUGAGUGGUGGCACCUUCCUGACCAGGGUGCCAGUGAUGAUGGACUCUGACAAGCUGCCCAUCAACCGUAUCACAAUCAGCAGUAAACCUAUGGGCCUGCCCCCCAAGGGCGAGAAGCGGACCGCCCACAACGCCAUUGAGAAGCGCUACCGCUCGUCCAUCAACGACAAGAUCAUUGAGCUUAAAGACCUGGUGGCCGGGACUGAGGCCAAGCAGCUCAACAAGUCAGCAAUUCUGAAGAAGGCAAUAGACUACAUCCGCUACCUACAGCAGUCCAACCAGAAACUAAAAGCAGAGAACAUGGCCCUGAAAAUGUCUGCCCAGAAGAACAAGUCUCUGAAGGACCUGGUUGCCAUGGAGGUGGACGGCCCACAGACGGACGUGAAGAGCGAGCUGCCCACCCCUCCGCCCUCCGACGUGGGCUCUCCCACCUCCUACUCCCACUGUGGCAGCGACUCAGAACCUGACAGCCCCAUGGGGGAGGACAGCAAGCCGGCGGUCAAUCUGAUGGACACGUCAUCGUCCACCCCGGGCGGUGCAGGCAUGCUGGACCGCUCCCGCAUGGCGCUGUGCACAUUCACCUUCCUCUUCCUCUCCCUCAACCCCCUGGCCUCCAUGCUGUGUGGAGGGAUGGGCUCCAGCACCACCGCUAACAACGACGCAGUGCAUCCUGGGACAGGCAGGAACAUGCUGGGCCUAGACAACGCAGCUGACUCGUGGGGCUGGAUGGACUGGAUGCUGCCCACUCUGUUGGUGUGGCUGCUGAAUGGUGUGCUGGUGGCUGGGGUUCUGGUCAGACUGUUGGUCUAUGGAGAGCCAGUCACCAGGCCCCACUCUGGAUCCUCCGUGCUGUUCUGGAGGCACCGCAAGCAAGCAGACCUCGACCUGGCACGGGGAGACUUUGCCCAGGCCAGUCAGAACCUAUGGACCUGCCUCAAGGCCCUGGGUCGUCCCUUACCCACCUCUCAGUUGGACCUGGCCUGUGCCGCCCUGUGGGCCCUGCUCCGCCUCUGCCUCCAGCGCCUGGGGGUGGGUCGCUGGUUGGCUGCCAGGGCCGGGGGGCUCCGCGCCAGGGGGCUCCGGGAGGACGCGCGUAAGAGCAGCCGCGACGCUGCCCUGGUCUACCACCGCCUGCACCAGCUGCACAUGACUGGUAAGCUGGGCGGUAGCCACCUGUCUGCCGUUCACAUGGCUCUGAGUGCUGUAAACCUAGCAGAGUGUUCAGGCUCCUGUCUCCCCGUGGCCAUGUUAGGAGAGGUCUACGUCUCCGCAGCCUUACGAGUCAAAGCCAGCCUACCCAGACUCCUUCACUUCUCCUCCCGUGUGUUCCUGAGCAGCGCCCGCCAGGCGUGUCUCUCCUCCAGUGGCAGUGUCCCCCCGGCCAUGCAAUGGCUCUGUCACCCUCUGGGCCACCGCUUCUUUGUGGACGGGGACUGGGCCGUCCGCAGCACACCCAAAGAUAGCAUCUACAGCCAGGCAGGGAACACCGUGGACCCUCUGGCCCAGGUGACCCAGGCCUUUAGGGAGCACCUGUUGGAGAAGGCUCUAUACUGUGUGGCCCAGCCCCGGGGGGAGAAGACCCCCAGUGAUGGAGAGGGGGAGUAUGCAGAUGCUCUGGAGUACCUUCAGCUGUUGACUAGUGCAUCAGACGCCGCCGGAGCCACCACCCAGUCCUUCGCCAUCGGAUCCAACAUGGCUACCGUCACUGGCUGUGACCCUCAUUCCAAAUGGUGGUCGUCGGUUGCCGUGGUGAUCAUUAACUGGCUCCAAGGAGAUGACGCAGCGGCCGAGAGACUGUAUCCCGCCGCCGAGCACCUGCCCCGUAGUCUACAGACGGCAGAGAGUCCGUUGCCCAAGGCGUCUUUGAACACGUUCCGAGCGGUGCGUGCCAUGCUGACCAAACCAGAGAACUGCCAACUGAGUCUGAGCCACAGUGAGAAGGCCAGCGGCCUGCUGAGAGACAGCCUCAACCUGGGACCACACUGUCACAGCAGCAGCCUAGACAAGGUGGUCCAGUUGCUGCUGUGUGACCUGCUGCUGGUGAUGCGGACGAACGUGUGGCGUCUGCAGCAGAGCUCCAAUCCCGGAGGUCUCUCCUUGCAGGCCUCCCCGGCCGAGCUGCAUGGCUUCCAGCAGGACCUCUCCUCCCUCAGGAAGCUGGCCCAGAGCUUCAGGCCCGCCAUGCGCAGGUUGUUUCUUCAUGAGGCGACCGCCAGGCUGAUGGCUGGGGCCAGUCCCACGCGAACACACCAGCUCCUGGACCGCUCGCUCAGACGCAGAGCCACCCCCGGAGCCAAGACAGAGGAGUGUGAGAUGCGUCCUGGCCAGAGGGAGCAGGCUGAGGCGGUGAUGUUGGCGUGUCGCUACCUGCCCCCCUCCUUCCUGUCGGCACCGGGCCAGCGGGUGGGCAUGCUUGCUGACGCAGCCCGUACCCUGGAGAAGCUGGGGGACAAGCGUACCCUCCACGACUGCCAGCAGAUGAUCAUUAAGCUGGGCAGCGGCACCACUGUCACCUCUGCCUAGACUAUACAGAGCGAGACAAAGAGACCAGCUCCCCCCCCCCCCCCCCCCCCCACACACACACACACACACACACACACACACACACACACACACACAAACAAAUGGAUGAAGGAGGUUUUUGGCAUUUGGCCUGCAGCUGACGAACAGACAUACAGACAGUCUGCCUAGACACUGAGAAUCAUAUCAUAUCAGACAGACAGACAGACAAAUAAACAUACUUGACAGUUACCUGCCGUCGGUUUCAUAUCACCCCUUAUCCCUGAUUCACCUAUCAGUACAGUAGACAGCUCGCAGACUGACAGUUUAGCAGGGGAGGACCUCACCUCUCCUUCACCCCAAAAAAGUGUUGCCAUUGACACUGUUGACAUGAUCUGUCAUGUAACCUAGUCAUCCUCACCAGAAUAUAUAGGUUCAUAUUUCUGUUUCUUUUCUAUUACUCUGUGUGAAAUGCACUGUAGUGGCGGAGUGUGUCCGCUGGGUGGGGUUGUGGCGCCCUCUGCAGGACUGUGAAGGUGUGACGCCUGGAAUCGUGUGUGUGUGUGUGCGUGUGUGAGAGGGAGAGAGACCAGGGGAAAGGUUUUUACAUGCAGUUAUACACUACUAGCCCCAUGUUUUGAUUGGGCGAUGCACCUUACAAAGCGAAGCACUCUGUUGUUGUUAUUGGUGUGUUUAGAGAGUGGCUGUCCGUCUGAUUGGCUGCGGUGCGAUGUGAUAUCAUCAUGGGUGGGAGGAGCAAACCGUGUUGGGACAGACUGGGCUUUUUGAGGAGCACAACGUUUCAGAAAAAAUAGAAAUGUAUCAUGUAGAGUAGACAGGUUUCUCUAUCAUGUUGAAAAGAGGACCAUGACAGAUCUAUACAUUGUGUUUCUAUCUGUGACGAUCUUAAAUGUUGCAUCUCUCUCGCGUCUUUUUAUCUGCACUGGCCCAGAGAGGCUGUAUUUGAUUAGUUAAAUAAUAUUGUGGCUUUUUCUUUUCAUAUUUUUUUCUUUAUUGUUGUUGCUGUGUAUAUAUUUUAAAGUGUAUUUAUAAUCUGUCUGAGAUUUGUUCUGUUGAUCAGUAUUUUCCAUUGGCCGGGUGAUAAUUAUUACUUUCCACCCUCAUUGUGUAGCAUUGGCAGAGGCUUGGGGUCUAAUGGGGAGUAUGGGUGUGUCCCAAAUGGCACCCUAUUCCCUAUAUAGUGCCCUACUUUCUAUGGACCCUAGUCAAAAGUAGUGCGCCAUGAAUGGGUGCCAUUUGGUAUGUGUUACUUAACCUAUGUUUGUUGACAGUGUUUCCAUAGUUGGUUAGUGUGUCAAAAAAGGGGACAGUGUCCAUGUGCUAUGGGGACAAAGGAGUGUCAAAGACCAUUCAAUAUUCUCAUCAGACUCAUUUGAGCGUUUGCACUAUUGCACAAGGUGUCUACUACCAUUAUGAUGAUAUCAAAAAGAGUUGGCGGUGUCGAGUCCUCGAGCGAUAGGCUCGAGUCUAGGGUUGAGCUUCCAGACACUUCCAGACAGAACAGUGUGGUGACCAUAGAAAUAGAACGAAUGGCCGCCAAUCCACCCAUCACAGAACAUUGACUUGAAUGGGAUUGUCCGUUCUAGUAAUUAUAUUUCUAUGGUGGUGACCCCCCCCAAAGUCACUCAGUUCAAGACCAAUAGCUUACAGAAGAGCCCGAGUCACAUCUAGUAUUUCUAGAUCUCAUCAUUUCAUUGACUCUUGUUGUUAUCAUCUCUUCUUCCAAAGAAAACCAGAAGCAAGGCAGCCCCGGCCUCCUGUAGUCAGGCCCCUGGGUCCUGUUCACUAGGUACCAAAUUGAAGAAAAUGGACUGAAACAGGGAGCGAGUUUUUGCUCUUGUCCAAUAAGAAACUGUAAACACGUUGUGUGCGCCUAUGAACAGGACCCAGAUGUUAAAAAGACAGAGAGAAGAGUUGUGUGUGUGUGUACAACCCUGUUCCAGAACCACAGUUUUUGUUUUCAGAAGACUGUAAAACCCCAUUUUGAUUAUUUAGCAUGCUUUUGUUGUGUUUAUCCCAGGACAUGCUAGUUUGUAAUAGUGUAUCAUUGUAAGUGACUGACUGAGGGACACUGGACUGAUGAUUCCUUCCCAGUGUGACUGUGUGUUAAAUCAUCGCAACCACAUCUGAACAUGUAGUAGUAGUAUUAUUAUUAUAUUGUUUCUUAACCAACAUAUUCUUUCCUUCCCUCUUUCUCCUUCUUUGCUCAUUGGUUUAUUCCUUGAUAUGUAAAUAAAAAAGAACAUUUUGUAAUGAAA